GGCCCCGCCCCGCCCAUCACCAUCCACAGUCGAUGAAGGGAAGCUGGGAGACCGAACGAACAGGAGCAGGCGGUACAGGGCUUAGCGGCUCCCGCGUUUGUCCGACCCUUUACUAGAACUGCUCCCAGGCAGUAGCGGUAAUGAUGGCGGCGGCUGUGGAGAGAGGAGGCGUGCGGGCCGCUUUCCUGAACCCGGGCAGCGGCGGUGGACCCUCACCGACCACCCUCCCGACAGGAGCGCUAGCCGGGGCUGUGGUCAUGGGCUCCGGCUCGGGCAGCAUGCCUGUACCCAUGAACCUCUUUGCAACCUGGGAGAUUGAUCGCUCAUCCCCCAGCUGCGUUCCGAGGCUCUGCAGCCUGACUCUGAAAAAGCUGGUCGUCCUGAAAGAGCUGGAUAAAGAGCUGAACUCCCUCUCCAUAGCUGUCAAGAUACAGGGUUCGAAGCGUCUUCUCCGAUCCAACGAGUACGUCCUCCCUCCCAGCGGACUGAUGGAGACGGACCUGGAGCUCACCUUCUCACUACAGUACCCCCAUUUUCUUAAGAGGGAUGCCAACAGACUUCAGAUCAUGCUGCAGAGAAGGAAACGCUACAAAAACCGAACCAUCCUGGGCUACAAAACGUUGGCGGUGGGAGUUAUCAACAUGGCCGAGGUGAUGCAACACCCAACAGACGGAGGACAGAUUCUGGGUCUCCAUAGCAACGUGAAGGAGGCACCAGUCCGCGUGGCAGAGAUCAGCGUGUUCUCUCUGUCCAGCCAGCCCAUCGACCACGAGGACGGCAGCGGACAAGCUGGUCGAAAGACCAAAACCUCAGACCGCUCCCCAGACAUGGACAAUUAUUCAGAGGACGAUGACGACAGCUACUCGUCGGAGCAGGAGGCCAGCGACGACGCCGUUCACGGCCAGCAACCAAAUUUUAAGCAAAAAUUUGUGGCGCUGCUGAAGAGGUUCAAGGUCACAGAUGAGGUCCUGGAUUCUGACCCGGUAGACCAGACCCAGGAGGUGGAGGAGGACCUGGAUCUGCUUUACGACAGUCUGGAUAACCAGAGUGACAGCGGGCCUGAGGUGGAGGACAACGAAAGCGUCCUGAGCACUCCCAAACCCAAACUCAAGCCGUUUUUUGAAGGAAUGUCUCACUCCAGCUCUCAGACAGAGAUCGGGAGCAUACAUAGCCAGAAAAGCCAGCAGAGAGAGCUGUCAUGUCCCAGUGGAGACUUUCUCACUGUGGACAGAUGUAAGGUGCAAGGAAGCCCGUAUCAGGAGGACGCCAGCGCAGACGCAACUGUCGGGGAGCCAGAAAAUGAGGACAAUGGAGCAGGACCAGGAGAGGUCAACAGCUGGGAAGUCAAUCCUGAGCGGAUAACCAGCCCCGUUGGCAAGCUCUGCAAGACAGAGUCCCAAAACCACAUGUCUCCCAGUAAAGUGGAGAACAGGCUGCAGAGACGUCCACGCAGCACCUCCAUGAAAGACCGACAAAACUCAAAGGCACAGAGCGAUCGGACCAGCAGCAUGGAGAGCGAGUGCUCACCAGAAUCGCGGCUAAUAGCUCAGGUUCCCAGGAAGUCGGUGUACGACCAGCUGAACCAGAUCCUGAUCUCAGACGAAAGGCUGCCGGAGAGCAUCAUCCUCAUAAACACCACAGAGUGGCAAGGCCAGUACGUAGCUGAGCUGCUCCAUGAACAAGGCCAGCCCAUCGUCUCCACCUGCUCUGCUGCAGACGUUCAGGCGGCCUUCAACACCAUCGUGACCCGCAUCCAGAGAUUCUGUAACUGCAACGCACAGACCCCUCCCACGAUGAAGGUGGCCGUGGCGGGCGACCAGAGCUACCUCAGCACCAUCCUGAGGUUCUUUGUGGAGCAGCUGGCAAACAAAACACCCGACUGGCUCAGCUACAUCCGCUUCCUGGUCAUCCCUAUUGGUUCACACCCCCUGGCAAAGUACAUGGCCUCCUUUGACAGCCGCUUCAACAGCAUCUUUAUGGACACGGCCUGGAGGGAGCUGUUCUGCAGGACGGAACGGCCCGCCUCAGACUCCAUCGACGUGGCGGGAAGAGUGGUUCAGUAUCUGGGCGGGGCCAACGUCUCCCACCAGUUCCCCAUCUCGGAGGCCAUGCUCACCUACAAACAGAAGAGGAAAAGAAGUUUGUAUUUUGAUUUUUACAUCAGCCCCGACGAAGACUCCUGUCAGAAGUUUGUGCCGUUUGUUGCGGUUGUGAAAGUUGGGAUUGUGGAACAAAAUCUCUCGACUUCAAUGGACUCUGAUGAUGCCAUGGGUGGAAACACGAGCAUCCUGUCCUCCCCGACGCCGCCAUCGGCCGGCCCGUACGGGAAAGAGAUAGGGAGCACCCCCCCGCAGUCUCCGUCUGUUUCCACGGCCCUGUCUGGAGCUGGCUCUCCGUGCUCAGGGAACGAGCUGAUGGGCCUGCAGGUGGACUACUGGACCUGGCAGGGCCCAGACAGAAAGAAGGAGGGCGAGAAGAGGGACGUGGGGCUGAAGAACACCCUGAAGAGCAACUUUCGCUCGCUGCAGGUCAGCCGCCUUCCCAGCGGGGGUGAGCUGACUCCUCCCCCCUGCAUGGCCAUGACUGUCGUCACCAAGGAGAAGAACAAAAAAAGUGAUUUUCCUCAGCAAGAAGCCCAAGGAGAAAGAUCUGGACUCCAAGAGCCAAGUGAUCGACGGCAUCAGCAGGUUGAUCUGCACGGCCAAGCACCAGCACACCAUGCUGAGAGUCACCAUCGACGGCGUGGAGUGGAACGACGUGAAGUUCUUUCAGCUGGCGGCUCAAUGGCCCACGCACGUCAAGCACUUCCCGGUGGGAAUCUUUGGUUACAGCAAGCCCGUGUGACCGCUGUUCACCCCAGCCCGAGCUCAGAGGAACGGGGGGCGCCGCCCCGCCCCGCCCCGCCCCCGGAGCGACGCUUUUCCUGUGGAAAUCUGAACGACUGGAACCGCUGGUUGCAGAGCUCAGCGUUCAUGUCGUCCGUUUUGAUGUUGUCGGGUGGUGUUGUUGUUGUUUUUUACACACUACGAGAAGAACAAGUCCUGUUUUGUUAGAUUGGUGCCGCCGCCCCAGAGGUCUCCGGAGCGAUCGCCACAUUUCAAUAUAGCAGCUGUGUUUGCACUUUCUGUUCAAAUGUUAUUAUUUCUGUGAAAUCCUACAUUAUUGUUACUCUCUAGACAACGGAAGAGUGUGGUGGUGCUGUGCAGUGGCGUGUAUGAGAUUGUGUUUCGGUGUUGUUGAAAGUAUUGCUGUGAAUUUAGGUGGAAUCCUUUUCUCCUGUUUUUUUACUCGUCCCUUUACUUUUCUAAACUGAAGGGUUGAACGUUGCUUUGAAGCCAAUCAGAGGUUUAGACGGUAGCUAUAAUGAAUGUAGCUCCUGACUUUGCUCUCAGUUCGUUGUUGACGCGCCUGAUGUGCGUUUGUGACGUCAGAUGAUGCACCGUCGCAUUAGAAACCACGCAGAUGCAGGUUCAAGUGUUAGCAGAACCCCCAGCAGUUAAGAUCCUCUUUAGCUGAGUCGCUAGUGACGUGUCUGCCAGGCCGCGCAUCAUCCUGGCUGCGCGUUUAGCAGUGUGUUUACUGGGCUGCGCAUCUGCUGAGCAGUGCAUCUGCCUGGCUCCAUGUUCAGCAUGCAGUCUGCGCGUAUAGCAGCUUGUUUGCUGGACUGCGCAUUUUCCGGGCUGCACAUCUGCUGGACUGCGCAUUUUCCCAGACUGCACGUCUGCUGGACUGCGCAUUUUCCCAGACUGCACGUCUGCGUAUUUACCAGGCUGCACGUCUGCUGGACUACACCUUCACUGGGCUGCCCUCUUGGAUUUUAGUUUGACCUGAAGAUUGCAGCAGCAGGACUGAGCGCAGUUGUGCCAAACUUUUCUCUACAGUGCAUUCACUUACCGUUUUGCUCAGCCAAGCGUCUGGUCAUUCUGAAUAUUUGGCGUCUGUCCCCGUAGACGUCAGGAUUACCGACUUGUGGAGUUGCUCCUGCAACGCUCCAUGUUGAUGCCAAAGCUUGGAGCUCUGAGCAUCAACCACAGGGUUGAUGGGUAACUGGAGAACAGGAGCGCGUUGAGUGCUUUUCAGCCGGAAGGCGGAGUCCAGCGUGACAUCGCCGCCCGUGUCCGGGUUUGAUGGUACUCCCUAAAAAGUGUUACACUUUGGCAAUAGGAAAGCCUUUGGAAAAAAGGGCCUUGUUUAUGAGUUUUUCUUUUUUAUAUAAAUCUAUAAAGUGAAGAGCUUUGAUAGGCUGGCUUUUUUAUGACUGUGUAUAAAUGUAAACUAAAUGUAAACUAUAUAUGACUAAUAUGGAUUGAAAAGUUUCCCCUUUGACUCAAUUGAAAGCACAAAUAGUGCACCUUUAUUCCUCUGUGUAAAUGCCAAAUAUAUCGACAGAACUGACUAGAAAGUUAGCGAUAAAGCGCGAUUUUUGUCUUUUACUUUGUCAAGCACUUUGAUUUUCUACGUCCCUCAGACGGAGACGCACUCGUUUCCGGGAAACCACUUUUUAUUUCAGACCGGCGUUUGAAAUCCGUCACGGCGGACGAAGGUUUUGCCACUUGUUACCGAUGCGUUUGGGUUCUGGUCCGCUCUUCAUCGGCGUGUCUGUCGUCCCACAACAUACAUGUUUGAGGGAACUCCUCAUGCAGCUUUUUCCUCCAGAACGACCUCGUUCUUUCUGUUCCCGCUCCUCCUUCCGGAUCGUUUUGCAGGCCAGGAUCCACGUUUCCUCCUGGAAGUGUGGAUGUGGUCAUUGCGGCUCAAACUAGCUACUUCCUGCGGUCUCAUUGUUCCCGUUACUUGAUGAAGCACCUAGUGUCUUUGCACAAACCUUAUUUUGAAAAUCCAUGACAGUAUUUUCAUGUCACCACUAAAAAGAAAAGAAUAUAUGGGUUAUUCUGCAUGUUUUGCUAUAGAUGUAAAUAUGUUUUUGGAUUUUUAUAUUUUUUUUCUUUUAUUGCGCUGACAGGCGUUUGUGUUAAAUAAAAUUUUUAAUCUUCUGUA